AUGGGCUACCCCUUUGACGCCACCGUGUACGCUGCCAACUCGAAUGCGACGCACGUCAACAAGCUGCAGCCCCACCAGCGCUUGCAACUCGCUGUCGGGAUGCUGGAUUCAAAUGUCGACCCUGCCUGUACAUUUCAGCUCGUCCAAGCGCUCAUCGACGCAGACAAGGACUUCGACCUGCUCUGUUUUCCCAAGGGCGGCCACGGCGCCGGCGGCAGUCCGUACGGGACACGUAAGCGGUGGGACUUUUUCGUUCGGCACCUUCAAGGCAACGAACCCCGCCAUCUUUGUGAAUCCUAG